AUGAGCGCAACCGCACCAUGGGACCCCUUUGAAGACGUCUCGGACGAAAGCGACACGUCGCCUGAUCCGCCGCUCUCGACCCCACUCACGCCCGAGGAGCGCUCCAAGCUGACGUUCCAGCAGCAGAUCGAAUGGGAGUACAAUCAGGUCCGGCACCGCAGGGACAGGGAUGCGUGCUACUUUGUCAAGCCGCCCGGCUUCCUCUUCUCGUGGCCCGACACUGGCACCUGGCGCGCCAAGCAGGUGGCCGUCCCCUUGCUAUGGGAGGAGAGGUGCUCUCGCAUCGACAAGCACCACCAGGCCUGGCUCUGCCAAGAGGACCUGCAUGCCGAGGUCGAAAAGUGCCUCGGGGAACUCAUCGUCCUGGGCUACGCCGACCUCGCAAAAGGUUUAGCCGCGACGAUGCAAGAGCGGCUGGAGCGAUACAGACCCAGCGAGGCGUUCCAGCGCUUCUUUGCAGGGGGACCCAUGACACAGCAAGACGACAUCGACGAGCGACUCCGCGCCUGGCUGCCCGACCGGCCCACCAUGGAAGAGCCGCUGGUGAGGCCACACCACCUACGCGCCACGUCGGCCUCGCUGCUGGCCGCGGAACAACCGUGGAAGAGCCAGGAUGUCAACAACGCCAGUACACUCAUACGCUGGCAGGAGUACAUCCAGAUCCUGGCCACGGUCGCCAAGCGCACGACGCCGACGCCCACCUGGCACGUCUACGCCACCAAAGAGGACGCAGAGAGCGCAUCGCUCCCGCCCCGCGAGCACGAGGAGCUCGCGCUUGAUCUACUCGGCAAGACGAUCGACUGCCGCCUCGACGCAUCGCUCCCCUCGGCUUGCAUGAGGUCUUAUGGCCGCUGGGAGGGACUCUGCGUAGGCAUCUCGCUCGCGGCUCGACACGGGCGCAACAACCUCGUCGCAAAGGGGCUCGAGGCCCUCGUCUACCUCCCGACCAACCACAAGACGUGCGGGUGCUACACGGCAAGCAACUACCGCCGCUUGCUGGUCGAUAUCGUCGAGAUGCUCGGUACCUGCACGGGCGUGUGGCGCGCCGUCCCUUCCGCCAACGAGAACGAGGGCUUCCUCGAGAGGCUGGCCUGGACCCGUUCUUCGAUCGAGGAUGGCAUCCGGCGCUUCACGGAGGCCAUCGAUCGCCGCCUUGGUCGCAUGCGCGACAAGGACUUGCCGACGCCAGAGGAGCCAUACCGCGGCUUCACCGUCGACCAGCUCGUCGCAGAGCUCGAAUCGCUGCGCCCCGACGUUGCCGCGGAACCGGACUCGACGGCGCAGGUUCUUGCUCGUCCGAUCCCAGCACAGAUCACGCAGCGGUACCUCUCGCUGCCCGCCGACCUGCUGAGAUUCUACCAGCUUCGGCCGCAAGGGCUACCUACGACCAAGUGCGACCUGCUGAACCCGUACAGUGCGAGUGGGUACCGAGGGUACUGCGAGGAUCCAGCGACGUACGUCGAGAUCCUCCCGGGCGACCGCCUGCUCGACGAGCGGCUGGUCAACCACCAGAACGUCGACCAGGGCGUCCAGUGGCUCUGGACGCGCAUCGACCUGGCCAUGAGGGACGCCGGCAUCCUCUUCACCCACGGGCAAGAGGACGACAUGUACGACGACGACAGGUACUCGCUCUACGCCUACCUCAUGCCGCCCGCGCUCUACUCGUACAUGCGUCGCCUCAACGGUCUUUCCCCGCCCAAAGAGGACGAAUGGGUCGUGUUCGAAGACUUUACCAUCUUCCUUGGCUUCACGGAGUGGUUGAGGUACGUCACCACCAAGAUCAGGAGGCUCGUCGAGGCGGAUAGCGCCGGGGGCCGCGACGACGCCGCAGCGACGGCGACAGAGGAUGCGCAGAGCGGGUAG